CAGACCGGUAGCUUUCAUUGUAAAAGCGUCGAUAGCUAGCAUAUAGUUAGUCAAUUUUACGGGGUGAAUGUCGAUGCGCGAGUUUUUGGCCAGUAUAGUUUUUUGUGAUUUCAGUGAAGAAUCGGAACGAAAGAAAUUAUACGGUACGGUUAUAUUUUGGCAAAAUGAUUGAUAUUUCAAUUGAGGAAGGUGUAUUGGAAAAGAUACAGAAAAAGAGAUGUUUUCGAAACGAGAGCGACGGUCGGUAAAACCUAAAGGGAGCAGGCGUGGACUGCGAGUUCGAGUCGGGCGUGGGGAUGAACUCUACGGGGAAUGCGAGAGGGAGGAGGACUAGGGCGCUUCCUGUGGUUGGCACUAGCCUAAAAAAGCUCCAUAAACAGAAUCGUGGCCGAAUGUCUUUUCAAUGCAACGAAAAUGGUGAAGUGUGGGAAAAAGUGGGCAUUGAGUAAAGGCUUCGACAGCUCGAACCAUGACAGAGGCGUCGGAGGAUGGUAACUAUUUGGUGAGGGUUCGUGCCCAGGUAAUGACAAGGGAUGAUAGUUCAGGUGGUUGGGUUCCUCUAAGUGGCGGUGGUUUAGCAAAUGUUUCGGUUAGACGAAGACCAACUUCUUCAGGUGGACAUCAGUCUAAUAAUACCAAUGCAUCUGGUAUUUCUACUACGACUGUCUCUAUUGCUAGCAGUAUACAACCUGUAUCAACUACAAGUGUUACUAAUACCCAAAGUCAUGGAUCUUCUAACAGUUCUCCACCUGGUGCAACUGAGAAGAUGCAUGAGUACCUUAUUUAUGGGAAACGCAUCACUGAUCAAUCAGUUGUUCUUAGCUGUACAAUUAAAAAAGAUUUCGAAUAUAAUAAGGUAAUGCCAACUUUCCAUCACUGGAGGACAGGAGAGAAAAAGUUUGGAUUAACAUUUCAAACAGCUGCAGAUGCAAGAGCUUUUGAUAAAGGUGUUCGUACAGCUGUUGAAGAAUUGUUAGAAGGGUUGACCAAUACAACAUUAUAUGGCAACUCAUUAGAUGUUGGGGAUGAAGAUGUUUUUAUGACUUUAAAUUUACCUGUGGAACCACCAGAACCACGUCCCUCAUCGGAUACACCUCAUGGAAUAGUACGACUGUCCAAUUAUCAUUCCCAGUGUUCAGAUCUUCCUGAUUCACAUAAACCUAUUCAUUAUAUUGGUGGACCAUCUAUAAAAGUGCCACCAUCUCAGCAUCCUUUGGCAUCAACUGAAGAUGUUGGAUCAGAUAGCUACUCUUAUGUGCAGCUCACAAUGCUUAAUCAUGAAUAUUUAUACCCUAUCAUCGGUGAUCAUAAAGGAGACCGAUUAAAUAGACAUAAUACCGGCAGUUCUUUGAAGAAACCAGAUAUUAUAGUAUCCCAACCUUCUAAAAAUACUAUGAAACGUAAUGUUCGAUUACGAUGUAAACAUUGCCAAGAGCUGUACACAGAGCAGCACAAUCCUAGGGGGUCUUGUGAAUACGCACCUGAUCCUAUUAGACGAGGAAUCGCAAAAAUUUCGUGUCUGUCUUGUGCUCAGGGUAUGUUAUACCACUGUAUGAGUGAUGCUGAAGGUGAUUUUACCCAAAAUCCUUGCAGUUGUAGUACAGAAGAAGGAUGUGGACGCAGAUGGUUUGGUUUGGCAUUGUUAUCACUGAUCGUUCCUUGCUUGUGGAUUUAUCCUCCACUAAGAGCUGUUCAUUGGUGUGGCACGUCCUGUGGAAUGUGUGGAGGACGUCACCAUCCGAUGGAAUAACUGGAGGAACCCUUUGAUAUCUCUGCUUCAUACUCAGUUGAAUCAACUAACUUUUCUUCAUCACGCGGUGCUGUGGCUAAUGUGUAUGAAUGUCAUGAUCUGAGUAUGGGCCGUUGUCAGAGGUAUCAAAGGGGUAGACAACUUCCAGUACAUGCACUUAUCCAUCAGCGUCAUCUCUGAAAUAAUUUGUUUUUAAAAAAGAAACAAAAAAAUAGGAGCGCAAAUUAUCGCAUUUAGCCCUGAGAUCAUGUAUAUUCCAUACAUUUUGUAUAUUUUAUUAGCAAAUGCAUUAUUUAGACACAUCUGUACAUUAACAAUUUGAGAAUGGACGUCGUUUAGUAUUUACUCUGAAUGAUUGGUCCAUAAUAAUAUUAUCUGGACUGACCAAGUAUUUGUGAUACAUGGUGCACACUGUGAGAAUUCAGUCAAGAAACGAAAUGUAAUUUGUUAUUCCCAGUUUGAAAGCUAGUUUUCGCCUCGUAUAAAAACGAUAAAGAAAAUGUUUGCUAUAUUAAAAGAUUAAAUUCUGCUGCUAUUAUCAAGAAAGAGGAUUAGACAGAAAUAAAUUAAAAGUUUUUAUUUUAUUAUAAAUAAAUUAAAGAUAUUAUUUCUUAAUUUGUACUUUGUAUUGUAUUUCGAAUUUCAUGAAAAAAAUUAAAAAUAAUGUGUAAAAUU